CCAGAGCAGGCCACUUUCGAUCUGGAUUCAACAUUGAAGUACUUUUGCCAUACUGGCUAUGUCACCAAUGGGUUCCCCAAAGCGAAGUGUUUGGCUAUUGAUGGCCUGGCGUCGUGGUAUGGCCCCGAUAUGUCCUGCGAGCCUAGAAGUUGCGGUUCUCCCACUCAGAUACCGCAUGGAUACCAUGCGGGCGAAUGUUACACGUUCGGAUGCCGGAUUUCGUAUCAUUGCGUGGAAAGCUAUGAGCUGGUAGGCAAAGGAGAUCGGUUCUGUCAGAGCGAUGGCAACUGGAGCCCAAAAGAACUGCCCACUUGUGUUCGUAAGUAGAGAAGAUCAUAUAAACUUGGUUUUUUUCCCUAACAAUUGUUAAAUUCCGGCUGUCGUGAACAAGCGGUGAGUUAGUUUGUUAGAAUUAUAGCAAUUCGUUUAGCAGGGCAAAUGUGAUGGAAAUGCGGACUAUGGAUCGUCAAAUUUUCACUAGAUCCUGCCAUGUAAUGGCUUCUAUUCUCUGGUAGAACAAUGUAAUGAAUCAAAAUUAAUUCCUGGGUUUCAGUCAUUUA